CUGAGGUAACUCAGCAGAGUCAUUAGCCCUUCUGGAAGAGGAUGAAUAGCGUCUAGCAGCGGCAAUCGAACCAGGGCAGAGAGAGAAGACAGAAGAGAUAAGAGGCUGGAGGCUGCUAAAAUCAGCACCCAAAUUGGUGCCUGAUUCUUGACGAAACCAUCCCUCUGUACCUAGAGGGAGACUGUUAAAUCAUGAAACUAAUUGCCAUCCUUUUCCUCUGCUCCCGGCUGCUCCUUAGCUUCACCCAGGAACCAGACUCCCAGGAGACUGACUGCAAUGCCAAGGAUGUAUUCGAGGCCAUGGAUGCUGCUCUGACGAGGUACAACAGUAGGAACCAAAGUGGCAACCAGUUUGUGUUGGUCCGCAUAACUGAGGUCACCAAGACGGUGAAUGAUGAUGUAUUUUAUUCUCUCAAGUAUGAAGUCAAGGAAGGGAACUGCUCCGUUCAAAGUGGCAAAAGCUGGCAGGAUUGCGACUAUAGGGACGCUGAGGAAGCUGCCACUGGAGAAUGCACAGCAACCGUGGGGAAGAGGAGAAACGGCAGUUUCACUGUGGCCACCCAGACCUGCAACAUUGUUCCAGCGGCAGGCCCUGUGGUGACCACUGAGUACGCCUGCGUGGGCUGUCCGCACCCCAUUUCCAUCGAGAGCCCCGAGCUGAAGCCCAUUCUGUCGCACGGCAUCCAACACUUCAACAACAACACCGGGCAUGCCUACCUCUUCACUCUUGGAGAAGUGAAAUCAGCCCAGAUACAGGUGGUAAAUGGAUGGAACUAUAAAAUCACCUACUCGAUUCUACAAACGAAUUGUUCCAAGGGGAAAUUUCAGCUCUUAAGUCCAGAGUGCAAGUUCUUCCCGAACGGUGACGUGGGUGAAUGUGUAGAUAAUGCAUUCAUGAACCAUCAACAAAAACUCGGAUCCUUCUCACAGAGCUGUGAACUCUACCCAGGGCUGGAUUUUGUGGAGCCUCCUGUCCGGAUCUGCCCUGGCUGCCCCACACGCAUAUCUGUGGACAGCUCCGAGCUGCAGGAGGCGCUGGCCCAUUCCCUGAAGAAGCUGAACGCGGAGAACAAUGAACCUUACUAUUUCAAGACUGAAACCGUGAAGAGCGCUACAGUCCAGGUAGUGGCUGGGAAAAAGUUUUCUAUUGAGUUCACAGCCAGCGAAACCACAUGUUCCAAAGAAAGCAAUCAACAAUUAACCGAAAGCUGUGAGACCAAGAAGCCUGGUAAACGUCUUGCCUGCAAAGCUGACGUGCUUGUGAUACCUUGGGAGAAGAAAAUCUACCCUACUGUGACCUGUGAAACUCUAGGAGAGGUAUUACUGACGAGAAGGCCUCCAGGUUUUUCACCCUUCCGAACCACAUACAUACAGAACACCAAAGAAACAACUGUAAGUCCACCCUACACUACCACAGCACCUGUACAAGCCGAAGAGCAGGAUCCAGAGAAAGGACAAGAACCAACUCCUGGGCAUGGCGGGGGCCACAAAAAGCAAACAAAACAUGGGCUUGGCCAUGGCCGUAAAUAUAAGCCUGGCCUUGGCCAGGGGCAUCAAAAACAACAUGGCCUUGGUCAUGGAUAUCAGCCUGAACUUGACUAUGAUUUUAAACAUCAAAGAGGACAUGGCCUUGACCAUGGACAUGAAAAUAAGCAUAAGCAUGGUCAAGGCCAUGGAAAACAUAAAAGUAAAGGCCAAAGCGAUGGAAGGCACAGUGACCGGAGAACAGAGCAUGUGGCAGGCUCUUUGGAAGCUGGUACCUCAUCUCCUGCACAGACCGAAGAGAACGCAGGAGGGCCAACACCUGUCCCUUUCCUACCCCCGCCAGGUGUAACAGUUCCCCUUGCUGGAUUUCAGGACUCAGAUCUCAUUGAAGCUGUGAUGCCUGCCAUGCCACCAACUCUCACAGAGGAUGAUGAUGGUUGGAUCCCAAAUAUCCAGAUAAAACCAGAUAAUCUUUCCUUUAAACCGAUACCUGACUUUCCAGAAACAACCCCCUCCAAAUGUCCUGGACAGCUCUGGAAGCCACUUUAUCAACGUGCUCUCCUGCAAAUGGUUGAAUUUCCCUAAUUUUGAACUCCCUAAGGCUAUGGCAAAAUAUUAACAGCCAUGAUAUUUUUUUAACAUUUCACAACUCUUUCCCCACUGUCCAAACCUAAAUAUCCUGAUAUGAGGCAGCAGAACCCAUGAAGCUUCAGAACAGCUAGAGAUGUGUGAGAUUCCCAGUGGGGACACCAUCAAUCUCCUAUGGAUUUCAUUUGGUUUUUUUUUUUUUUUUUUUUUUUUUUUUUUUUGGCCUUUUUGAGACAGGUAAAAUUGAGUGCAAGGGUGCUAAAUCCUUCCUCAGUCUUCCUCAUAAGUUUUCUAAACUAGCAUAGAAAAUGGACAAACUUAUGGCCCACUGCAAUCUGCUUCUCUAAAAUGGUUGUGCACCUUAAAAUGUAUGUUAUCAAUUUUCAUGCAAAGAUUCUUGCCAUUCUGAGUAAAGUAUGGCACCCGGUCCAUAAGUAUGUGUGGAUAUAAGGAAAGUCUGAGUUUAUUAUUGGGAUAAAAAUAUAUAUAAGAACUUUCAGAUACCAAAGAUGAGCCAGAAAGAAAGACAAGUUGGCCAAAAGGAAGGAAAGGAGAAAGUAAAUUAAUUGACUUUCUGUUUCCACAAUGGGCUCUUAAUGUCAGAUAGGUACUCCUCCUCUUCCGGUGUGUUCUGGUCAUUCCUUAUCUAAAUAAGGAUGUUUCUCACAAGUCAAUAAUUUCUGUUUACUCAUUAACUAUGCUUUGCAACAAGGAUUUUAAAUAGGAGUUUUUGGUUUAUUUUUGCUGUUAGGUUGAGUAAUGUUUUGUUUUCACAACCUCUGAGUUAAAUGAUAAGGUUUGAAAAACACAGCAAGUUAUAUAAAAGCAGGUUUUCAUUGGGUGCAGUGAUGUACACCUGUAAUCCCAGCACUCGGGAGGCUGAAGCUGAAGGAUUGCCUUGAGUUUGAGGCCAGCCCGGGCUACAUAAUGAGUUCAAGGCCAGUGUGAAUGAUAUAGCAAGUUCUUGUCUCAAACAAAACAAAACAAAAUCAGAGAUGCUAGGACAACAUUGUUUUACAACUGACAAGGAAAUAUGUGAUGAAAACUUUGUUCAGAAAUUUAAUCAGGAAAUUCUUCUUUACCUUACCUUAAAAUCAUGAAAGAGACUAAUAAUGUUCUUUCAUUGCCUUAGUGCAGGGAAAGCAUGUAUUUUAUAAUCCAGUGUUCCAGCUUAGAGUAGCAAGACAUGACUGUUCACAGCUGCCCACUGAGGGUGUGAAUGUCACUGCUGUUGUGAUUUAUUGGCUGCAUGGGGGCUCUGAGUUUUUUUAGUUCAUUUCAAAUAUUGUUGACGCUGUCAAUAAAAAAAAACCCAUUAUAUCAAGAAAAUGUCUCACCUUGUCAACUGGCUGUUUCACUCUUUCUAAACUGAAUACUAAUGUCAAAUUAACAGAGUUUUACUAUACUUACAGAGGCAUCUAAGGGUCUGCGAGUACCAGGGCCGACCCCACAGGCGAGGGUAAAGCCAACAGCCAAGAGCAUGGUCUCUUACCUGGAGGGCGGAAUCUUCAUGCCUGGCACUAUAACCUCCAACAACCCCUGCCAGCAGCCUUGAGUGGAGACAAGAAGAAACUGGGCUGCCACUUAAACGGAGGAGAAUGCCAUUUUAUCACUCUGUUCCUGGGUGAAAUAAAGUUUAGACUUGAGUGA